CCAAUCGGUGGGAAACCGCCAACCCACCCAUUGGAAAUGGAAGUAGUGCAAUGUGACGUCACGCACUGAGUCACGCCGCGCCGUCGCCGCUGCCACACGACUGGGUAAUCGCCCGCCGCGCAUGACUUGCUAUUCCGGGGUUUUGUGCGGCGGUUUUUUUCCUCCGCGGUUGGUGCUUGUCGCAUGCGUCCACGCCACAUUCCCGCCGCACACAUGAUACACCGCGCCACCCUUGACAAAAACUCCCGCAGCCUGUUUUUCCAUUAGCAGCGCAACCGCUCCACUCCUUGUACAGGCUGUAUUCUGCAUGCUGUCUGGCGCCUAUAUCAGUAUAGCCGUGGCGACACUGCGCAGAGAGAGUGGUACACACUGAACAGAGAGACUGCGUAUAUCCGUAUUCAAGUACGCCAGCCAUUCCAGUCAGCUGAAACGGCUGUACACACACACACACGUACAUCAUACAGUUCUUUACCAGGAAUCGAGCGCAGGCUUGUUUAGGGUUUCUGCAUGCUGGUUUCUAACGCACUGGUCGACUCAAGAGCCCGCUGUAUGAGCACUGUACUAUACAUACAUCGCACUCCAUUGAUCAGCGAUUCCGCGAAAAGCGCUGCCACACCGCAUGUGCAUGCUGCAUGCUGUAUACACAGUCUUUUCUGCACAUUGCUGAUUUAACAGCGAAAUUAUUAAAUUUUCAUCUUCCCGUGAUUAAUCAUCCCGUCCUUGUUGAUCCCGUUUAAUCAUUUCUCAGUCCCUUGCCGUUGUCGCCACGCCAGCAACACUGUGUUGGAUGUUCGUUGAUUUAAAAUUCCCGUUGUAUCGGAUUGGUGUGCUUGUUAAUGUUCCCUGGUUGAAAAAUGAGCUGGCGCCGCAAAGGUCUCCUGCGCCAUUCCCAAUCCGCCGACCCCACGGGGGACGCCCCCUCCACCCGCCCCCCUCCGGGCGUCCACGUCAAUCUCGACGUCCGCUACGAGGAGAACGCCGAGGAAAUGGACUGGAACACGACCACCGCCCCCGGGGGGCGCCCCCCGGCCCCGCCGACCUACCGCCCGCUGUACUGGGGCACGGGCGAGGAGGAGACGGUGAUUAAGCGGGAGGAGGGCCUCCCGCCCGUCGGCGCCGCUUAUAACCCGCGGAAACGCCUGAUGAAGAUGGACGAUCCCGCCUUCCUGCCGCCGCCCUUCGCCGCCCCCUCCGCCGAGGAGGACGAGGCGCGGGCGGCGGCCGCGGCGGUGCUGGCCAGCCGGCUGCAGUCGGAGGUGCUGGUGUACCCGCCCACGGUGUCCGUGACGCCCGGGAUGACGUCGGGACUGUUCCGCUACGUGGCCAGUGGCGCGUCGGAGGCGGUGCGGAUGGCGGCGAUGGGGGGCGGGGGCGGGGUGCCGGCGGAGAAGCGCGGGGAGUUUAUGGUGCCGCGCGACCGGCCCGCGCCCGCCGUGGAUCCCGUGCCGGUGCGCUCGGCUAGCUGGUCGGUGCGGCAGGAUCUCAGCGAGUAUAUGGCCGCUGCUUCAGCCGCCGCACGUGACCGCUCCAAGACCCACCCGCAGAUCGUCAAGCGGCCGCGCGUGGCCGGCGCCACCGGCGUCCAGGAGUCGGUCAUCCAGUCGACGGGCGGCCGCCCCGGUGCGGGCGGCCUUCUGCCGGAUUACGUCCUGGCCACGCCCGGCUCCCCCUCCUCCAGCCUCUCCACCUCCAGCGUGGGGCGCCGCGGCGGCGCCACCGUCUACCGCAAUACCGGCAUGGAUUCCGGCGGAUGCGGUGCAGAGCAGGAAGAGAUGGAGAGCGAGCCGGAGUACAGCACCCUGGUGCAUCCCUCAGUGGAGCUGCUGUCGCGCAUGUCCUCGACGACGUCCACCUCCUCCUUCUCCAGUCCGCGGCCGCUGCACUACGCCCAGUCCACCUCGACGUCGCUGCCGCGCUACACGCGCCAGCCGCAGCCCCACCUGGAGCUGGACGAGGCCGGCGGCGAGCGCGACUGCCUGUCGCCGGUGCUGUCCGACUACGGCGGCGCCUCCGCCUCCGCCCAUCCCCGCAUGGAGUCCAUCAAGGUGGAGGCCGGCACGCGCCGCCCCUCCUCCUGCCCCAACAACCCCGCCUCGCCACAUUCCCCGUUAUUGCGCACAGCCAGCGUGUACGACACCCUCUCCCCCGGUGGCGGGGGCGGGGAGCGGCCCCGUAGCCGCCUCCUGGAGUCCACCUCGUCCCCGCACCGCCGCCCACCCGACCACCCCUACUGGACGGCCUCCGCCACGGGGGGCGGCCGGCCGACCACCUCCGGCGGCGAGGAGGUGUGGGAGACCAGCGUCACCACUAGCAGCCCGCGCCCGCCUUCGGGCGGCGGCGCCACCCCGCGGAAUUCCAGUGAGAAGGAGGCGUACAUCGCCAUCGACCACCAGGCGGAGGAGGACGGCAGUAUGCCGCUGCACAUUGACGUGCAGGCGCAGGACGGCUCGGGGAUCUGUCUGAAGAUUAUCCGGCAGCCGGAGAGUCAUUAUCGGCCGCGGUAUCAGAAGGAGGGGAGUCGCGGGUGUGUCAAGGAUAGCACGGGACGCUUCCCGCUGUCCGUGCAGCUGGUGAACUGGGAAGGGGAGCAGCGCGGCGGGAAGGCGGUGCUGCAGGUGUUCAUCGGGUCGGAGACGGAUCCGGUGCGCGUCCAUCCCUGGUAUCGCGUCUGCAUCGUGGGCGGUCGCACCAGUAGUCAGGCGCGCAUCGUCAACCUCGACGCCCACACCACCGCCCUCGAGAUGGACGUCCCGCCCGGCUGCAAGGGCCUCGUCAACAUCAACUGUCUGGGCAUCGUCAAGCUGCGCAACUCGGACCUGGAGCACAGCGGCAGCUCGCAGAAGAAGGACGCGCUGAACCGGCGCAAAUGGACGGCCGACGUGCGCCUCGUCUUCCGCGCCAUCAUGACCGACUCCGACCAGGUCACGCACACCGCCCAGGCCGUCUCCAGCGUCAUCUCCUGCACGCCUUCCUCCGGCGUCCCGCAGAUCCAGUACACCUCGCUGACGCAGUCGCCGGCCUGUGGCGGCGUGGAGAUUGUCGUCAUCGGACGCAAUCUGGUCAAGGGAUCCACGCGACUGUUCGUGCAGGAAGUGGCCGAUGUCGCCGGGCGGGAGAAGUUGGUGUGGCAGGAGGCGGUGCAGCUGAUGCCCAACUUCUUCACGCAGGUCCACCUGGUGGCCAAGAUCCCGCCCUACCGCCUGGCCGUCAUCCACGAGCCCGUCCCGGUCUCCCUCGUGCUCAAGAACAACAAGAAGUGCAGCCAGGCCUUCCCCUUUCUCUACGUCCCAGUGCACAGUCCGACGCUCCCGCCGGCCCCCCUCCCCAGUAAACCGCCCCCCGCGGCGGCGGCGGCGGCGGUGGCGGCGCCCCUCAAACCGGCCCGCCACGUGUCCAUCCAAUGCGUGCUCCCCCUGGAGGCCCCCCCGCCGCCCCUCCCCCUCCUGUGGCCGCCCCUCAGCGUCCCCGUCAGCCUGGCGCUCCCCCUCACCACCCCGCCCCUCCGGCCCGACGCCAAGGACGACGCCGCCCUCGUCACCCUGGCGCCCCUCUUCCCCCUGUCCGCCCACGACCUAGCCUUCCUGGCGGCGUGCGGACUGGAGGUGGACGGGCGCGUGGUGCAGCCGGAGACGGCGGGGGUCACCGAGCAGUGGACGGUGGGGGGCGGGGCCCCGGUCGCCCCCCGGCGGCGGUUGAAAGUGCGGCCGGGCGCGUCGCUGGCGUUCCAGUGGAGUAAGGCCCGCCGCCCGCCCUGACGGGGGGCGGGGUGGGGGUGGUUGGAAAUUUUAUUCUUUUAGAGAGGUUUUUUUUUGCACAGGGGUGGUUUUUUUUUGUUUAUUUUGUUACUUUUUUGAGGAAUAUAAAAGGGGGGUGGAUAGAGUUUAUAUUGCGUUUUAUUAGUAUGGUUUACAUGUUUUUGAUUGUUUUUCUUCUUUUUACCAUUUUUGGCGGGAUGUUUGUUGUUAUUUCCGGGAAAUAAAUUGGGCGUAUAUG